AGUCUAAACUUCCCCAACCGGUACUGCGUUCUCUCUCUCUCUCUCUCUCUCUCUCAUCCAAAUUGCUUGAGCACUGUGCAUAUUGCGCAACCCACCACCUCAUUCUCCUCAGUUCCUUGUGGAUCUCUCUCUCUCUCAGAGCCCCAGUAGGUUUUCUCUCCUGGGUUUCCCUCCAAUUGUAACCAGAUUUCAAAUAUGGUUGUCCCAAGUAAAUCAUAACUAAUUGUAUCUUGUCUGGCUAACAUGGAAGUAUGGAGAAGUUCACAGAAGAGUUGAGCUGAUUGGUGCUUUUGUUUUCUGAGCUGGUUGAUGGAUUUGGCUAAACUUUGGUUAUAAUCUUGUUUUCUUUGGUAUCUUGUGAAGUAGAUCUGGACAUGUUUUCUGAAGUGGAACUGGUUAGGGGUGUAGUUGUCCUUGCUGAAAAGCUAGACAAAGACAGUGCGGUUACUUCAAGAUCCGUUAUAACAACACAGCUUUUGGAGGACUUGUUAAGAGAGAAGGCCAGCAAGGAUCAUGGCUACUUCCUUAAAGUCACUGCCUUGAAGAUGAUAGGAAAAGGACAGAUUUCAGACGACUCAAGAAAGAUGUUGUUCCCUGUAGCUUUUAGCUGUCGCACGUUCAUACCGUGCCAGGGGGAGAUUUUGGAGGGAGUCGUUCGUCAUGUGCAUAACCUUGGGGUGAUCAUUAGAUGUGGACCUCUUAACUAUGCUUUUCUGUCAGCUCGAAAAAUGCCAAAUUACCACUAUGUCGAUGGGAUGAAUCCAUUCUUCUUGAGGGAUGACCUUGCAAAGAUAGACAAAGAAGUUGUGGUUCGGUUCAGGGUGCUUCAGGCUAGAUGGAUAGAGAAGAGUAGAGAGAUGAGGAAGGAGUUUGUGAUGGUUGUUAGUAUAGUUGGUGAUUCACUCGGCCCUGUUUGUGGUCCUCAUGAAUCAGACUUGUAACUAUUCAAACCAAAUGAAGGCUUCUGUAAAUUUAAAUGUUAGGAAUAUGAAUUCAGUCUACCUUUAAUCAA